AUACCACCAUGAAGUCCUUCCUUGCUCCCCUCACGUUCGCUAUAGUCUUGGCCUCCAACGCUCUCGCUGAAAUCAUCCAAGUCACUUUUUCUCCGUAACUUCUUCCAUCUUUUCUCUCCAUUCGCUGUCUCUCAUUUCGUCGCUCAUUAGCAACAAUGGAACUGUCUUCCUUGGCGAAAUUCUUCAAGUCGAAUGGCAAGGUGGAGAAUCCCCUUAUACCUUUUGUCAUCUCCAGUGCCAACCUGGGCACCACUCUUGGCUACUCUCGCGACAUAACAGGCCACACCUGGGACUGGAUCGCCGCAGUUACGGGUAGUCUUCUGCAUGAAGGAACGUCGGCCUCCUUCUUUCAAGUGGAAGAUGCCAAGGGUGAUGUUGGUCGAUCCGAGACAUUCGCCAUUCAUGCUGAAAUCGUGGCCUUUCAACCAGGCGAUCACGUUUAUCUGGACAAUAUGUAUGAUUUUUCAUUGAAAUCCGAAUUUGUCUGCUUGUGA